AUGCCUACAUGUUUCCGCUUUCUCUUCUCUGAUCUCUUAGUGUUGUACCUUCUUUUACUCGCGGCCUCUUUGUCUUCUCCGCAGCCAUUUUGUCAUCAAGAUGAGAGCUUAGCUCUUAUGCAAUUCAAGGAUAGCUUUAUCAUACACAAAGAUACUUUUUGGUCUUGCUAUCCCAAGGCUACAUCAUGGAGUGUAGAAGCAGAGCAUGGUAGAUCAGAUUGCUGCUCAUGGGAUGGGGUUGAGUGCGACCCCCACACAGGUCAUGUUAUUGGCCUUGACCUUAGUGACAGUUGUCUCUAUGGUUCUAUCAACUCCAACAGUAGCCUCUUCCGCCUUUCUCAUCUUCGCAGCCUUAAUCUUGCUUUAAAUGACUUCAAUUACUCAAAAAUGCCAUCUACAAUUGGAAAUCUUUCAUGGCUAACAUAUCUUAAUCUCAGUCACUCUUAUAUUUCAAAAGAAGUCCCCUCCGAAGUUUCAUAUCUCUCCAAGUUGUCAUCUCUCGAUCUAUCUUUCAAUUCUAAUUUAAUUAUUGGAAGUCUCACAAGGUUAGUCCAAAACCUAACCCGCCUUGAAGAGAUUGUUCUUAGUGGAGUCAUGAUAUCGUCCAUAGUACCUGAAAGCUUGGCAAAUUCUUCUUCUUUGAAGACUCUAAAGCUAGAAGGUUGUGGAUUGUACGGGGAGUUUCCAUCUAGAAUAUUUCAGCUACCGCAACUACGGGACCUUUGGAUAGGAACCAAUGAAGAUCUCACUGGUCAGUUGCCAGAAUUUCACUUCAGCACUGUCCUUCAAGCUUUAUCUCUAUCUGAAACAAGUUUCUCUGGUAAACUACCGACUUCAAUUGGAAACUUGAAUUCCUUAGAGAUCUUAGAUAUUGCUUAUUGCAAUUUCUCUAGAUCGAUCCCAAAUUCUCUCUGGAACCUUACCCAACUCACUAUUCUGGACCUCUCGGGGAACUCGUUCGAUGAUUCUUCAUGCCUCACCAAAGCCAGUUCUAAUCACACUUUUCCACAUUUACAAUAUUUACAUUUGUCUUCUCUCAACUUAACAAAGUUCCCGAGUUUCCUGCGAAACCAGAACAAACUUGUGCAGCUAGAUCUAUCAAAAAACAAUAUUCAAGGUAUAAUACCCAAAUGGAUAUUUCAUCCAAGUAAAGAAAACCUUCAAUAUUUAUUUCUUUCAAAUAACUUUCUCACAGGUUUUGAAAAUUCUCAAGAUGUUCUUCACUUGCCAAAUCUACAAACACUGGAGCUCCAAAAUAGCAGGCUGCAAGGAUCGUUCUCGAUUCCUCUAGUUGCUCCAUCUAUUCGAGAUUUAUAUAUUUCUAACAAUUCUCUCGCGGGCUUUGAAAAUUUUCAAAAUGUUCUUCACUUGCCAAAUCUACUAGUUUUAUACCUUAACAAUAACAUGUUGCAAGGAUCUCUCCCAAUUUCUCAAAUUCCACCAUCUAUUCAAUAUUUAUAUAUUUCUAACAACUUUCUCACGGGUUUUGAAAAUUCUCAAGAUGUUCUUCACUUGUCAAAUCUACAAACAUUGGACCUCCAAAGUAACAGGCUACAAGGAUUGUUCCCCAUUCCUCUAGUUGCUCCAUCCAUUCGAGAUUUAUAUCUUUCUAACAAUUUUCUCACGGGCUUAGAAAAUUCUCAAGAUGUUCUUCUCUUGCCAAAUCUACGAACACUAGACCUUGAGAAUAACAACCUACAAGGAUUGUUCCCAAUUCAUCUAGUUGCAUCAUCUAUUCGAUAUUUAUAUCUUUCUGACAACUUUCUCACGGGCUUUGAAAAUUCUCGAGAUGUUCUUCCCUGGCCUAAUCUACAAAGCUUGGACCUCCAAAAUAACAUGCUGCAAGGAUCAUUCCCGAUUUCUCAAAUUCCACCAUCUAUUCAAGAUUUAUAUCUUUCUAACAACUUUCUUACAGGCUUUGAAAAUUCUCGAGAUGUUCUUCCUUGGCCUAAUCUACUAAUGUUGGACCUUGAGAAUAACAGCCUACAAGGAUCUCUCCCGAUUCCACCACCAUAUGUCCAACUUUAUCGAGUCAAGAAAAAUGCAUUUACUGGAGAAAUUUCACCGUUGUUUUGCAAUCUAAGUUCACUUUAUGUGCUUGAUUUGUCCUAUAACAAUUUGAGCGGCAAGUUGCACCCAUGUUUAUGUGACUCAAGCCAGUCUUUGACAGCACUUGAACUACAAAGCAAUAACAUCGGUGGAACCAUCCCCGAUGCAUGGGCAAAAGGGUGCAGCUUAAGGAUUAUCGACUUGAAUCACAACCAAUUACAAGGUCGGCUCCCAAGAUCAUUAGCCAAUUGUAAGGAGUUAGAGUAUCUUAAUAUUGGUUACAAUAAGAUCCAUGAUACCUUUCCCUUAUGGUUAGGAACUCUUCCCGAGCUGAAGAUUUUCAUUCUUCGCUCUAAUGAAUUUUACGGCGCAAUAAGAAAUAUCCAACCCAAUUGCACAUUCUCCAACUUGCAUAUCAUCGAUCUCUCCCACAACAAUUUCUCUGGAGAUUUGCCCUCAGAAUGCUUCCAACGGUGGAAUGCCAUGAAAUUAUUUGGUGCAAAAAAGUUACAAUACAUGAUGGAUCACAAUUCUGGCAUCCUUUACUCAAUUACACUAACAGCCAAGGGUAUAGAGUUGGAGUAUGAGAGGAUCCAAGAUGAACUCAUAGUCAUUGAUUUAUCAUGCAACAGAUUUGAAGGAGAAAUUCCAGAAGUAGUGGGAAAUCUAAAAGGACUACACAUUCUCAAUUUCUCCAACAAUGCUCUCUCCGGUCAUAUCCCAUCAUCAUUGGCAAACUUGACGAAUCUAGAAUCAUUGGAUCUUUCUCAAAAUAAGUUGUUUGGAGAAAUACCCCCACAACUCGCCCAACUCACUUUCUUGGAGAUUUUUAAAGUGUUCAACAAUUGUCUCACAGGUUCCAUACCACAUGGAAGUCAAUUUGAGAGGUUUCCAAACAGUUCUUUCGAUGGUAACCCAGGAUUGUGUGGAAGGCCAUUGUCAAAAGCAUGUGGAGAUUCACUGCCUAAACCUCCAACGUCAACGUUUGAAGGAAAUCAAGGUUUAGUGUCUCCAUUUGAAUUUGGGUGGAAAGCAGUAGCGAUGGGGUACAUUUGUGGACUUGUAAUAGGAAUUGUUAUUGGACAAUGGGUGAUCGCAAGUAAGCAAGAUUGGUUUGUAAAUACCUUUAGAAUUAAGAAGUAG